AUGCGGCGUCUGACUCUGGAGACCGUCCGUGUUUCUGGGAGGAUUCACCAUGUUCGACGCUUCUUCUCAGCUGGCAGACAGGACGCUCCACAACAAGUACCGAAGACUGACCAGCAAGCCGCAGUCAGAAGUCGGUUCGAUCGGUUAAUCGAACGAACACCACGUUUCCUCCGGCCUACAGUAGCUGGACUGCGACAAGCACCGGUGACCCAUGUUACAGCUUUUAUUAUCCUCCAUGAAUUGACCGCGGUUGUCCCACUGCUCGCUCUCGCCGGGGGGUUUCACUAUUGGGGGUGGCUGCCACCAUACUUUACCGAAGCAGCUUGGGUCUCUGCCGGUGUCGAGAAGUUUGGCCGAUAUUUCCGCCGGAAGGGUUGGAUCAGCGAAAAAGAUGAGACAGAGGUCGAAGAGAGGGUUAAACAAGCGAAGGCAGGGAAGUUUGAGGAACAAACGAUCUCAAUGUGGUCUGACGGAAAGCAAGGUGCUACUAGCUGGGUUGUGGAAUUCGCGACUGCCUACGCCAUUGUGAAGGUGUUACUCCCGCUUCGCUUGUUUGUGAGUGUCUGGGGUGCUCCUUGGUUUGCCAGGCUCGUCGUCAUCCCAGUUGGAAAAGCAACAGGAUCCAUAUUCAGGAGAACGAAAUCAUGA